AUGUCCCGACACGCAACAAGUGAGGGCCAAAAGGUCAACCUGGGCCAAGACGCCCCCGUCGCCCGCGAGUCCGCCGGCGCCGUGCCCGCCGAGUCCCUCGCCGCCGAGUCGGUCCGCGAGGGCGGCGCCUUCGCCCAGAACCGCACCGCCGGCGAGUCCCAGUCCUUCGGCGGCGGCAACAACAACAGCAGCAACAGCAGCAGCAGCAGCCACCACACGCGGAAGAAGUCCACCUCCGUCCCCGCGAGCCACGGCCGCCAGCAGAACGCCGGCGAGGGCGGUGGCAGUGGCAGCGGCACCAACACGGCAGCAGCAGCGGCGGCGGCACCGAGCUACGUCGACGCGCAGUUCGUGCGCGACACGGCAGGGCCGCGCGGCAAGAACCUGCGCGAGGGCGGGUUCGAGGGCUCCGGCCCGGGCAACAGCAUCGAGGCGGAGCCGGGGUCCAAGGACGACCCGGCGCGGGCGGCGGUGCUGGGGUUCGUCAGCGGGGAGGGCGGCGGAGGCCGGGGCGCGAGGCAGCCUGGCGGUGGUGGUGGUGGUGGAGGCUUUGAAGAGGAGCAGCCUUAUGGGGCUUUGAGGUCGGAGACAAGUUCGUGA